CUGUGUGAGGUAAAGAUGGCAAAAAACUUUGUCGCUGAAGGACAGAAAACUCUACAGAAGUGGACAUUUGCAUGUAACUUGUGUUUUCUCAUUUUGUCAACAGAGCUGAAAAGGUCCUUGUAUGCGUUAUUCUCACAGUUUGGUCACGUGGUCGACAUUGUGGCUUUAAAGACUAUGAAGAUGAGAGGACAGGCUUUUGUUAUAUUUAAAGAACUUGGAUCCUCUACCAAUGCUCUGAGACAACUACAAGGCUUUCCAUUUUAUGGAAAACCAAUGCGUAUUCAAUAUGCAAAAACAGACUCUGAUAUAAUCUCUAAAAUGCGUGGUACUUUUGCUGAUAAGGAAAAGAGGAAGGAAAAGAAGAAGGCCAAAUCUCUGGAGCAGUCAGCAAAUGCAGCAAAUAAAAAGGUUAUUCAGGGAGCAACACAAAAUUCAGCCAAUGCCCCAGGGACAGCAGCACAGAAUCAGCAGGUGCCUGAUAACCCACCAAACUAUAUCCUUUUCCUUAAUAACUUGCCUGAGGAAACAAAUGAGAUGAUGCUGUCCAUGUUAUUCAAUCAGUUUCCUGGAUUCAAAGAGGUACGCUUAGUGCCUGGGCGCCAUGAUAUUGCAUUUGUGGAGUUUGAAAAUGAGAAUCAAGCGGGAGCUGCUCGAGAUGCUCUCCAAGGAUUCAAGAUUACUCCAUCUCAUGCCAUGAAAAUCACUUAUGCAAAGAAAUAACCGGAUGCUCCUAGAAACGACUUCUGUGGAUAGCUGUUGUAUUCAUGUGAUGAUACUUUGAUCAGCUAACAAGUUUGCUGUUGCCUGCAGAAAACUUAAGACAUGUGUAAGAUUGCCACCACAACCAGGGCAGAUGUAGGAUUUCCACAGAUCUACGGGAUAGUAAAUUUUUAUAAAAUUCAGUAUAUGUUGUUUUCAAGCCAUGUUUUUCCUUUAAUUUGUUUUAUUAUUGAUCUUUGAGGCUUGCAGGGCUUAUUCAGUAUACUAGUUUAACUACUUCUGAGGUGACACUCAUUUCUCAGAAGUGAGUGCUGGAGAAAUAGCAGUCUUUCCAGAGCAAAAAGCGUGAGCAGGAAUACUAAAUGUCAGCAUAUUCAGAAUAAAUGCAACACUCAAUCUUCAGCCUCAUUAUCAAGGGGACAGCUGCUUUUCAACAAGAAUAAUUUUGUCACUUAAGAAAAACAACUUAUCAUUAGUGGGUUUUUUUUCCUAGGUAUGGGUAGACAUCGAUUAUAGUUUGACAGCACUGUUGUUCAGCUUGGUUUUGUCUUUAUAAUGAUGGAUGGUAGUAGAAGCAGGCCCACAGAAGAAACGUAAAGUUUAUCUGUUGUCUUCUCUUCUGCUCUUUCCAGCCCUAUUACUAGUGAUUUUAAUAAAUGGUUUAGGAAGAGCUUUCUGUCUCCACAAAGACAAUGCAUAUGAGCCUGAUGGUCUGUUUUUAUGCAGGUUUUUCGAAAAUAUAUGUCCUAAAGCUUCUGGGUUUGUUGCUUUUUUGUAUUUGUCAAAACCUUUACAGAUCUUGUGUGACGUGAAAUAUGCUGAAUGCAGUGAGGUAA